AAGUCCACCUCGGUUCUGUCCAAACAGAACGUGAGCUGUUAGCCGUCUGUCUGUUGGAGCGCCGCUCGGUGCUAAACUGAUUCAUGUUGUUUUUUUAGCCGCCCAUCCCUUUAAACUAGACUAUUUUAUCGAAGAAUGAGUGAUAACGAUGAUAUCGAAGUCGAUAGUGACGAAGAAUCACCGAGAUAUCACUCUGUGGCAGACAAACGGGCACACCACAAUGCGCUGGAGCGCAAGCGUAGGGACCACAUCAAAGACAGCUUUCACAGCCUCCGGGACUCGGUACCCGCCCUGCAGGGAGAAAAGGUUGGUAAAGCUCAGCCUCAGUCUACCAAACAGGCGUCUCGAGCUCAAAUCCUAGACAAAGCCACAGAGUACAUCCAGUACAUGAGACGAAAAAACCACACACACCAGCAGGACAUCGAUGACCUGAAGAGGCAGAACGCACUACUCGAGCAACAAGUUCGUGCUCUGGAGAAGGUGAAGGGUUCGGCCCAGCUCCAGACCAGCUACUCAUCGUCUGACAGCAGCCUGUACACCAACCCCAAAGGCAGCGCCGUGUCGGCGUUCGAUGGAGGCUCUGACUCGAGCUCCGAGUCAGAGGCAGAGGAGCCGCCCAACAGGAAGAAAUUGCGUGUGGAGGCCAGCUAGACAGCCAAGCGGCUAAAACCUGGCUACGACCGAGGCGGCAGGGUUACAAGGGAGGGUGAGAGGAAACGCAGCCUUCAAAGCUCUCAAGGCUCAUCGACCCCUCCUCCCUCAUGCCAACAACACCCCCAGCCUCCCUCGCCGUUCUCGUCGUUCUCUCUCCUCCAUCUCUGGGUGGGUUCGCACUGGAGACUCAUGACCCCUCAAAUCUCCACACCACCACCACAACCGUCUUUCCAGCCGGCCUCCAUCAGCAGGAGAGAGGAAACAAGCAGGGUGGAACAUGACCGCUUCAGUCCAUCUAGAGAGCUUCAGGUUUUUCCCCCUUUCCCAUCCCCUGUUUCUCGAUUCAUUUUUGGUUUUCUGUCAUUGGUAUCCCCCUAGCAACAUCAACAAUCCAAAACCCAGAAAGAGGCAGCUUGGCUACUUAAGGACUUGAUGCUUUUUUUUGUACCCUCAAUUAAGCCCCUCCUCCUCCCCAGGUUGUUUUUUGGGGGGAAGGGUGAGCCAGGUGUACUUCCAAGCACUGCUAUAUUAUAUAUUUUUUUGUUUUAUUUUGUUAUUCUUGAUAAAAAACCUGUUUAGAAUUUACACACACAGACACCUAGAUGAAUCGUCCUGGAAAGUUUACCUUUUUUAAAAAAACAAAACAUUUGUAGCUUACUUUUUUCCCCCACUAAAGAAUGUGAAGAUGCUUUGAGCAAAUGAAGUGAUACCCACCUCAGGCCCACUGGAUUGCAGAUGUUUUCUGCCUGACACAUUUGUUAACACAAGAUAAGAAGAAAACUCCUUUGUUGAAAUUGAUGUUUUUCAAGGAGAAUAUUCCUAAACUUGUAUCGUAUUUUGUCCUUUAGCUUGAAGUAGUGAAUGACUUUAGGUGGCUGAAUUCGUUAGGCAUCUCGUUUUAUAUAUAAUAAAAAAUGCGUUGAUUGGAUGUUUUCAAGUUCAAAAGUAUGUCAUGCAUUUUGUAGUAACCACACAAGUCAUGGGAAAAUGCCAAUUUGUCACUUGUAGUUUUCUUUAAGGGUAUGAAAUAGGUAUUGAAUGUCAAAAGGUAGCUCCCAUCUUUUGCAGUACAAGGAAGCGAAAUCAGUCCCUGUCAAUGUGUUGUGCUUUACACAGUUAAAAUCAAUGUUGCUGAAUCCCCCAAGGAAAAAAAGGAAGCAUUUUGCGUGUCUAGGAAAUGUGUGUGUAUGUAUAUUGUUUCCAUUUUAUUUCCAUCUAGGAGGAUAUAAUUAGUGUAGUAGGUCUUUGUUUGUCCAAUUCCAUUCCAUGGAAAUUACAAGUAUGUUGUACAUACUGCCAACAAUUGUCUUGCAAGUUGAGGCCUACCUUUACUAUGAGACUAUAAAAUAAACUAUUUUAUCCUUUAA